AAAGGCAUAGUUGGACAUUGUGGCAAAAUUGGAAAGUCAAUUAUUGUAAAUCAUGCUAGUGACGAUGAUCGAUUCUAUAGAAAUGUCGACAAGGUCACUGGAUAUAAGUCGAAAAAUAUGAUAUGUACUCCAAUUUUAAAUAAUGGCAGUGUUAUAGGUAUCAUUCAAAUGAUCAACAAAAUCAAUGAAUCAACGUUUACUUGCUUAGAUAAACGAAUCUUGGAAAAUGUAUCCCUUGUCUGUGGGCUUGCAUUGCAUUAUGCCAAGCUAUAUGAUAAGGUACGAAAGCUGGAUUAUCGAUACAUGAUAACUUUAGACGUUGCGGCUUACCAUCGGUGCGCUAGCAUUGAAGAAGCAGCAGAUAUUCUUGGAAAACCCCGAUUAGAUACUUCAGGAAUUAUCAACUACAGCAUGGACACUAAAGGUUUACCCAAAUCCGAUGUUCCUAGAUAUGUGCUUGCUAUGUUUAGAGAUGUUUUCGAAAUGACAAAGUUCAACGAAGAAACUCUUAUUCGAUUCACAUUGACAGUACGCAAUAAUUACCGCAAUGUGCCCUAUCAUAACUGGAAUCAUGCUUUUCAAGUAGCUCAUAGUUUUUAUACCGUGAUCAAAACUUGCCCUGACGUUCUUUCUCCAAUAGAGCGAUUGGCUCUAUUUGUUGGAUGCUUGUGUCAUGAUCUGGAUCAUCGAGCUAAGACUAACGCGUAUAUGGUCAAUUCAAAAAAUCCUUUAGCUGCAAUGUACAGUACUUCUACUAUGGAGUAUCAUCACUUUUAUACAGCAAUGUCAAUCUUAAGGGCAGAUGGUCAUAAUGUUUUUGAAUUUCUACCUAAAGAUUUAUAUGAAAAGGCAAUUCAAGACAUGAAACAAGCAAUCGUAUAUACAGAUUUGGCACUUUUCUUCAGUAAUCGUGCGAUCUUGCAAAAAAUUAUCAAUGAAAAUAAGUUUAGCUGGAAUAAUCCGGAACACAUAAUGAGAUUGAAGGGCAUCAUUAUGACAGCUUGUGAUCUCUCAGCUGUAAUCAAACCUUGGCAUAUCAACAGACUAACAGUCAGACAGCUCUUUCAAGAGUUUUAUAAUCAGGGUGAUGAAGAAAAAGCUCAAUCUCGAAAUCCUUUACCAAUGAUGGAUAGAGAAAAAGCACAUGAUUUGCCAGCAAACCAGGUCAGAUAA